AUGGGGAGGGUUAUCCGUGGGACACCUGUGCCUGACCGUCUUCCACCCGUGUUGACGGAAUUCAUCGCGCAUGGCCGAGCUCCGGGACCUAAGGCUCCCUUGCUGGACGGCCAGGAAGGGGUGUUAGGUGGCAUACCGCCUGAUGCAUCUUCAGCCUUGUUCGCUGAGGCUGAUCUGUCCACUGUACAUCCCAGCCAACAGACCACGCAGCAAACUAUGGGUUCGCUUAUGGGACCUCCACCCACCCCUGUGACGACCCAUAAGCCGUCGGGCUUGGCGAAUCAUGAAGACCACGAUGAUUCCAUGCGAGGCUCUCUUAGAGCUGCGUACGAUGAGGACGUCGUGUUCCCAUUCAUGCACGACACCAUACCACGAAAUAUGAGGUCACUCGCGCGGGAAGGAAGCAAUCCAACCCCACAACCACGUCCAAGGCCCACUGGACCAAUCUCUGAUCAAGCUCGCGACUCGUCUGCACAAGUCGCGGCUCGCCCCUUACCCCUUCACCCCGGAGAACUCAUGGCCGGCCUGCGCCAAGGUUACAGAGAUGCGUUCAGCGCUCCCUCUUUACCCCAACCAACCCUCGACAAGCCCAACUCCAGCCCACAUGCUGAGAUAAGGGCUCGUCCUCCACUCGCUCAGGAUAAUCAAGCGCAAGAGUCUCGCAAUAACGGACCUCACACUUGCUGUGCGACUGAGGCCUCCGUAGAAGCCUUGGCUCUCGGAUUCAAGAGACUGGCGCUCGGGCUCGCCAAGAAGGGUAUCCACCCCGUACACGAAUCGCUUGACGAAGACGGCUCAGAUGAGGUGUCGGUUACUCAAGAACAGGACGGGAGUCUUUACGGCAUUGACUUCGACAAGAAGCCCACCAAGUUCCGUGAACAAUCUGAGAAAGACUUCGCUUCAGCUAUUCGCGAUAUGACGAUGUCUUUACUAGGACGUGCGAAGAAUACGGAUCCGUUUCCAGCGCUCUCUUUUGGAGAAGUACGCUACUUCGAGGUCACCAAAGAAGGUGGUCCUACAGCUAUGCAUUUCAGAGUGGAUUGUAGCACGACGUCGUCCACGGCAUGGAAUAAGCGAGCGGGGGAAAUCGUCGUUGACUGUCUCAUCGCGAAGUCGACGCUUCCUCGGGAGCAAAGGAAACGCGCCUUGUCUCGUUACGUCGAUUACCACAACAAGACAUUGAGGCGACAAUACGAGAAGAUACAUCUCCGCCAGGAGCACAUCCGCACGGAAGGAGACAGACAGGCGGCCCGUCGCAGUCGCAAGAUCACUCUUGUGGCUCAAAGGAUACAGACCGCAUCGAAGUACGAGGAGCUGAAGGCACUCGCCGUUCUGCUCAAACGGGUCGGCCACAAGACCAGCCUUCAUAGCGAAGAUGAGUCGGACCAUGCGCCAGGCCUUCGCUUGUAUAACAGCAUCGAUCCAGCAUGGCGGAAUCCGGAUGUUGGGCGCUAUUUCCGGCUACUUGAUCUUCUUUACAGCGGCGCGAAGAUGCGGGUACAGGAUUCGGCAGAUGGAGGCCUUGCCGCAAGCCCCGGGAAUUGGACUCGCAUUCGCCGGACGAAGGGCAAGACAGCUGCGAAAUGGCCGCACGGAGGGCUUCCAGAAAACUUCUACGACCCGAAGUGGUAUGCAGAGCAGUCCGACGCGUUCAAGGCAGCGUUGAAAGUUGGGCCGGUGAUGUUGCUUACACAUUCGCUCACUUUGCGCAGGCAAGCGGCAGCGAUCUUGAUGACUUUGGACCUCAUGAAGAGAGGUACCCUGGUGGAUCCCAAGACUAUAUCAAUCACGUCCGUAGAACUCGGGAUACUUGAUCGUUUCCUGGAAACUGGGCAUCUCCCUUCGGAUUGCCAGACUGGAGGCGCGCAGGCGCCUGGUACGCGAGGCGCCCAUCCUGGUGACCCUGCGCUUGACGUCCAGUACCCACUUGGCGACGUCGCCAAUGGCAGGAAUCAAGGACAGCCGGUCGCGCAGCCUUCAUCCCUUCAUGACGCACCCGCCGCUCAAAGUGCUCACGCGCCCACGACGGGUUACUCGCAACGAGCUGCGCCGCCGCCCCUUGUCACCUUUCCUACGGGUCCUCGCGAAGUCAAUGCGCCACGCGCGACUGACGAUACACGUCAGCCAUCGCAAUUUGGGGGGAAUAGUGCAGGCGCCUACUCACGCGGAGGUGAUGUACCGACGAAGGGUGGUGAUCAGCACCAUACUCCACCAGCCUGGGCAAAUCAUGUUCCGCCUGCCGCGCACGGGAUUGGUUUCGUAGGAGUGAACAGCGACGCCAACGCGCAGCGCCCUUCACACCUUCCGCCGCCAGUCGCUGCGAACGUCUUGCCCCAAAGCCCUCGCCUGUACGCCCAACAACACCCGCUCGGUUGGCAAGGACAGACUCCGCUCUCGCAAACGCCUUAUCAUAUGUAUGGCCCGCAAUAUCAACAACCGAACCAGUGGCAACAUCUUCAGUCGGGACAGGUCUUACCGUAUGCCAUGCAGGCUAUGCAUCCCAUUUCGUCCCAGCAGCAGCCACAAAUUGUACAGUCCCCGCUCGGGGUGCAUCCUACGCAUCCCAAUCAACAGGGACAAGGCAUGCCUUCUACGCCAGCUGACGAACACAACGGGAACGACGGAACUGCCUUUCAGUCACGCCCUCCCGACCCUGCUGGGAGCAACAUUGCCCACUUUGUGCCACCCAUACAUCACAGCACGGGGACGGGGUAUAGCCAACCGAUCUGGGGGAACGGCUGGCAGCAGUGGCAGCCGCAGAAUAUUGAUCAAGUGCAAGGCUGGCAAUGGGAUCCGGUGCAGGGUAGUUGGCAGUGGCAAGGGGGCUUCGGUUAUGCAGGCGCGUAG